AUGUUCGAAUUUUCAGAUCCUGUGGCUUCCAAUUUUUCUGGAUCAAGGCCCAGCGGCGAGCGUCACGCAGCCACCAGGGAGAAUGCGACGGAGCAGGGGCACCGAUUCCUCGCGAUGUUCUCUGGAGGUGUCGUUGCAGGCGCGGUGGCGCAAAGCGCCGCCCCGUCUUCGUACACCGUCUUUUGUGGAAAGUACCUCCUGCGGGCGAGUCCCAGGUGCCCGUCCGUCCCGUGCAUAUCACCACGACCCGGUGCUGCUCAUUCUCGUGAGUGUGGUCCUGAGGCUUCCAAUUUCUCAGGAUCGAGGCCCAGCGGCGAGCGUCACGCAGCCACCAGGGAGAAUUUGUCGAGUGCGCAGGCACCGAUCCCUCGCGAUGUUCGCUGGAGGAGUGGUUGCGGGCGUGGCGGCGCGAAGCGCCGCCCCAUCUCCAUACACCGUCCUUUGACAUACCUCGUUCAGGCGAGUCCAAGUGCCCGCCUAUGCCGUGUCUAUCACCAUAAGACCGCGCUGCUCCUCAUGGCGAGCGUGGUCCUGAGGCUUCCAAUUUUUCUGGAUCGAGGCCCAGCGGCGAGCGUCACCAGGCCGGGUCGUUGCGUGCGCGGUGGCGGGGCGAGUUCGAGUGCCCGCGCAUCCCGUGCGUAUCACCACGACCCGGUGCUGGCCGCUCUUUGUCGUGAGUGUGGUCCUGUGGCUUCCAAUUUUUCAGGAUCGAGGCCCAGCGGCGAGCGUCACCACGCCUCGAUGGGUGAAGUGACGGCUGGCCGAGUACUGGCUUGCGCUGGCCGUCAUCGAUGUGUGCAAACCGCGGCGCGAAGCGCCGCAUCACGUCCACCGGUCAUUUUUUUGUCCGUGGCGUAUCUUGCGUGGAUGAAUGCUGCAGCGCUGCUUGAGUUGCUGCGCCGCGCCUCGCGAACUUGGUGGGUCCCCUUCCUGAAGCCUCCGAAUUUGCGGGACAGAGGCCCAGCGGCGAGCGUCACCGCGCUCGAAGAGGGAACGCAUCGAUUCCAUCCUCGUCUCCUGGUGGAUUGUGUGCAUGGUGUCGUGAUCCUGGCCGCGGCGGGCUUCGUCCAGCGGGAGGUCCGGCGGGGCACGUCGGUGGGCCGUGCACUACUUCCCUCGUGGAUCGUCAUCUGCAGGGGUGCGGCCGCUCCGUCGUUUCUUCGAGACAGCGAGUCCGCGACGUGUAGCGCCCGUUCGUCGAUGUUGAAAGCAUCCGCAGAGGCAGCGCAUCGCACGCCCGCAGUUCAUACAGCCUCGUGCGCCCCCGCGAGGCCGGGGAUGUCGAAAGAUGGCGGGCAAAGGGCCGAAGUUGCGUGUUUUGCCACAACUGGCACACCUCCGUCUUAUGUCGAUGGCCCGCACCUCCUGGCUGGCACUGGUGGCGCCCGUCUCUUCACCACUCCAUCCACCGCACAACAUGCCCCCGUCGAGACUGUCGACUACGCCCUCGGCCGAGCCUCUUCAUCCCGCGGACGCUCGCUCUCCCGCCACACGGAGCACACCAAGUUCACCCGCUUUGUCACGGACGUCAUCGCAAAGGCGGAGGUCCCCGUCCCCGUGCUGCUCACCACCCUCGUCUACGUCCACCGCGCGAAACCACACAUCCAGAUCGCGCUCGAGCAGUGGGCCUGCGAGCGCGUCUUCCUCGGCGCGCUCAUCGUCGCCAACAAGUAUCUGAACGACUCCACGCUGAAGAACGUGCACUGGGCGCUCUGCACGGGCGUCUUCGGCAAGCGCGACAUCGGGCGGAUCGAGCGCGAGUUUCUGGACGUCCUUGACUUCGAGCUCGGCGUCUCCGAGGCCGAUCUCCUCGCCCACCAUUCCGCCCUCGUCGGCGCGCACCCUCACCACCAUCACCACCACCACCAUAUCCGAGUCCGGGAGCCGUCUCGCUCGAGGUGGAGCGACAACAGCUCCGAGACGGACGUCGACAUGGACUCGGAAUCCAGCUUCGAGACGUCCUCGGGCCCGCGGACGCCCGCACACGCGCACGUCGCGGUCUACCCCGUCAAGGCGUCGCUGUCACACUCGCCCUCGCCCUCGCAUCCACAGCGCGACGCGGUGCAGAUACACCCGCAAGUGUCGACCGCGCUGAGCCUCUUCCACGGGCUUCCCCUUCCGAGCUUCUCAUUACCACGGGCAAAGUCGAUGUUCUCGCAUUCGACGGCGGUGUCGAGACCUGGACCAGCGGCGACAGGCUGCCGGCCACAUCAGUCGUUCGGGACUCGGCCAAUAACAACGCAGGUGAUGGCGUAG